GUCAAACAUAGGUCCCAAUGGCACAAGUAGUGGGCUUUCUUCAUGGAUUCUAACCAAAAUCGACAUCUUAUGAUGACGAAUACUGGCCUUCCCUCGCAACCUUCUAGCCAGUUCUCACGCAGAAGCCGUCGUGGGGGAGUCACAUUUCGUCUUCACACGCUUAAGCUCUUCCUUGCGGGCUGCAUUUUCAUCGGAGCUUCAAUCAUCGUGUUGACAACCCUAGGUCCUUUCCUUACUGGAGAGCGGCCCUGGCUUAGUGUCACGCGGGCGCAUGGCGCCCCAGCAGCAACGUCUAGUGCAGAGCUGCACGCCGUCAGCCUCAAGACCAGGCAACGUGGCCUGUUGGACCUCGAUGAGGGCGAUGGAACUAAGUACCUUAUGGUGCAAUGCCACCGCGGCCAGUUCUCAAAUAGAUUGAUGUGCUUGAAGAACGGCGUCACGCUUGCUCGUGCCCUCCAGCGCGUGCUAGUGCUGCCCGUUUUUACGGACGUCGAGCCAGUUGUUGACGUCUCCAAGUAUGUCAGCCUGGACUGCUUCAGGCGGAGCAACCAGGCGGUCACGUACCAGGAGUUCCGAGGGGAGCUGUGCCGGGGGGUGGGGCUGGGCCUGCCAGAGCAUGCGGUAGCGAGCGGCGGCAGCGAGUCAGCAAGCAGCCACAAGAUUAAGAGCGAGGGCGGCGACACCAGCUCCUUCUGCGAGGAUGGCGCGCUCUUGCAGCUGGAGACGAGCUAUAGUCUCGCAGAUUAUCGCGGCUACACGUGCUGGGCGCGGCGCGAGGACAUCACCAACGCCCGCGACCUGGGUAUAACAAUAAAGGGCUGCAAGCAGAUAGACCCCGCGAACAUUACGGUUGCGGGCAUCAACAACAACAAUCCCUAUCCGCUCGAGUACGUGAAGAGAACGUUCGCAGAUCGCCCCGAGAAGGUGCUGUUGUUCUUGGACCUGUUUGGCGUGAAUCUGCUACCGGACGUAAAGGACCUGGCGGAGACGGUGUCGCAGCCCGAGGAGAUGUGCGGCUGGAUGCCGGCGGAGCAGGCCGCCGCCGCAGCGGACGCAGUCAUGCAGACGCUCAUCCCGCUGUCCGGGGACACACGCCGGCUCAGCACUGGCACGCAGCACAGCGUUGUGGCGAGCGCGGUAGCGGCGUCGCCCGGCGCCCAGCCGCUCAUGCGGCUGCGCGGCACGCGCCGCUACAUGGCGGUGCACCUGCGCCGCUCUGACUGGUUCUACUACUGCGCGGGGGCGCGCAAGUGCUUUUACAGCAUGACGGAGGUGGGCGCGUGGCUGAAUGAGACGCUGGCGCAGCACGGCCUCAACACGCUGUACGCGUCCACCAACGCAGACGAGCGGGAGAAGCAGAUGCUCCGCCGCGCCGUGAGUGGCCGCGUUCUGUUUUGGGAGGACGUGGUCAGCGAGCUGCUGCGCUGGCAGGCCGGAGCCACGCCGGGCGCCGGCGGCGACAUCCUCGGCAGCGGCACCAGCCAGGCCGGGGACGGCGAGGCGCUGGCCUCGGCGUCAGGCGUGGAGGUGCUGCCGGAGUGGCUGCGCUCCAUCCCGCUGGACGACGCGCUGAUGGUGCAGAUGGUGGAGAAGGCCAUCUGCAUGCAGGCCGCCUCCUUCAUCUCCUCCAGCGGCUCCACCUUCAGCAACCAGAUCCGUGAUUUCCGCGAUGGCGGUCUGGAUGAGCUGGAGCGCAACGUGCUCAUGCGCAAGUUUGGCGCCGCCACGAUAACGGCAGCGGUGCCGACGGUCGCGGACGGCAAAACCGUGGCGGCGGCGGUGGCCACCGAGCCCCACGAGUCCGCCACCUACCUGUGCAAUGAGCAGAUGCCGGCGCUGCCGGAUACGCGGCGCUACCCAGAUUUCCAUAACCCGAACAUCUUCCUGGAGCAGGCGAAGGGCCUGUGGGCGAGGAUCAAGUACAGCUUGGGGGCCCUUUGGCAGGCCGUCGGCGGUAGCAGUAGCAGCAACGACCCGUCCGCGGUGACGGCAAAAGCUGUGCGGAUUGCGCGUCCGCCCACGCUGGGCUCGAUGCUGGCCGCGCCCUUCCGCCUGUUUGAGCGCUGGGUGUUGAUCAUGGAGGACGCGCACGCGCUGGCGGCGGCGAAUCGUUUCGUGGAGAUGUACACGGGCGGCGCGGUGGCGAGCCUGGUGCUGGAGGGGCGGCAGGACGUGCCGGUGGCGGCACUGGUGGAGUGUGUGGUGGCGGAGGCGUCGCGCGCGGGCGCACUUGCGCUGCAUGUGGCCAUGUUGGACGUGCCGGAGCAGCAGCAGGUGCUGAUCAUGCAGCAGCUGGAGGCGGCGCGGUCGCUGGCGCAGGUCACACGCAUGGGCGGCGCGGCGCAGGAGCGCGGCAACACCUUCACCAUGCUGUGGCGCGGUGACGGGCUGGGCCGGCGCGCAGAGCCGGCGCUACUUGAGGAGCUACCUGUGUUCCUGGAGCACACAGACGUGUACGUGCUGGCAAAGGGGCGGGUGCUGCUGGGAGACCCCAGGUCGGGGCUGUUCCGGCAGGUCGCCAACACGAGGCGGCUGUUCGGGUUUCAGGCCGUCCGCGACGGUGCGUGUGCGCCGGCGGCGCUGCGCGCGGCGAGCGGUGCCGUGAGGAGCGUCUGAGUUUGGGACUGGUACGGGUUAGCCCAUUCUUUAUUUCUAGCCAAUAUUGAAGCUGCUUGAUCGGAAGUUGGGCUGUGGAGAUCAGUGCAAGGGCUAUGACACCGCCGCGAGUGAGAAUGCACCGGUGCGGACGUCUUCGAACGACGGGCGGUAAGUGGAGGCUGGUUCUCGCGUUGUGGCACGAGCUUCAGGUAGACUAAACAAACCAACAUAACUGCGCCUGUCCUCCAUGGUGGGACAUCGUGCUCGUGCGCUGACAUGGGAAGUUACAAGAUGUAUGUGUCGCGUUUUUUGACUCGUAGCGUGUCUGUGUCUGACCUUUUGCAUAACAAUACCUCGGUUGAUGUACGCACUAUCGUUUUGUGCGGGAGUGUCAUAUGUGUUUCGUGCCGGUCGGGUCGCGUAACCACGACCUCCGUGAACGUCAUGUGCCGCUGCGUGUGGUGGCCGGACGGAAGAACGGUUUGGGCCGGACAUUGUGUUGACGUAUACUGUACCCUUGUCAUUUCAUGUAUAGCACGCGAGCAACCAGUGGUACGUUGCAGUACUGCGAUGUCCAACGUGAACGUAGUGUGGCUGCGGAAGAUUACGGGUUUUUGGGUUCAUCGUUUCCGGGAACUGCUGUAUGUUGCGCAGUGGGCUUCCCCCGUUUCACCCUGUGGCAGUUUACCGCGUCGCAGCUCGGGGUAGAGUAACUCGGAGCGUCGGUCGAGGCGAAUAGUGAGAAAGCGUUUUGGUGCAUCAGUGUAGUGUGUGUGACCCGACUUGAUGGUUUUUAACUCAAGGAAGGCAAGGUGCAGCGGCAAAAGGCAACAACAGAUGGAAACGAACCCAUGUGGGGCCGGUAUGUGUGCAAGCCCAUUUGAUUACCGUGUGUGCAAGGUGUGGUGUGCAAGAGGAAGGAUUUCCUGUGGCCAUGCAUGCGUGGGGGAGCGCGGGGGCGAGGUGCAUGAGACGUGUGUGUUGAGAGCAGAUGACAUGGCGGCGCGUCCCAUUCAUCCAACGGACACUGGGGACGACGAGGGAGCAUAAGAACACCAAUUGAUGAGCGAGUUGCCCCAUCUGGGCGCGCGAUGUCAGCCUAGAGACGGCUAUCGCAUUUUGGCGCGGUUUGGCCUCGGACAACUUCCGAAAUGUAAAUUACGGUAUCC